GACAGAGAUGAUGCAGUAACAUUUAAGACUCAGACUCUGAAAUAAAUACAGCGAAAGUUACCAAGGCGUCAGCAGCAGCAGCAGCAGGGUUGAGAUCUGCUGAUAACCUGCUGACUCGCUCAGCUGAUACACUCGCAGGCGAUCGUUGCUUUCAGAUCUGUGGAUAUGUUUCAGUCGCUGUAGCAUCUAUGCAGCUGAGACGCUCCUGUUCGUCGAGAAUAGUGUUUUGAAACCGGGAAAACCCCGGGAUUGCGUGACCUUUUCGGUUAUUUUGUGUCAUGUGAGAGUAUUUUAUGUUAGAAAAUUCAUCGAGCAGUCCAUUUUUUUGGUCAUAUUUUAACAAGAUGGGCCACAAUAACACUUUGAACUGUAAAAGGGAUUUUGUUGUGAGACCACUAGUGUGCUUUAAAAAUGAAUUUGAUCUUUGUACAACACUCUUGAGAAAUAAUGAAGAGAAAAAACGUGUAACUUGUAACGGGGCACAGGUGAAUUGGAAGCUCUGACUGAGUGUUUUGUCUGUCUGGCUGUUUGUGCACAAGAAAAACGUGACUGGUGAAACCUUUCCCAACAUAAUGAAUGUGAGGAAAGUGGAAAGGACAGUUCUGAGUGUGGAACAGGCAGAGGGAGUCGGUGCUCGUGUCCGGAGGAGCAUUGGCAGAAAAGAGCUGAGGAACCUGGAUCCCUUCCUGAUGUUGGAUGAGUUUAGAGUAAGCAAGCCGGCAGGUUUUCCAGACCAUCCUCACAGAGGAUUUGAGACGGUAACAUAUGUUUUAGAGGGGGUCACGGCCCAUGAAGACUUCUGUGGCCAUUCAGGACGACUGAAACCUGGAGAUCUGCAAUGGAUGACUGCAGGACGGGGGGUGGUCCAUGCUGAAAUGCCUGUAUCAGAGGAGCCGGUGGUGGGCUUACAGCUGUGGGUGAACCUGCCCAGGCGAGACAAGAUGGUGGAACCAGCGUACCAGGAGCUUAAACGCUCAGAGAUCCCCAAACCCAGCCAGGGAGGAGUUACAGUCUCUGUGAUAUCUGGAGAAGCUUUAGGAGCAAAGUCUAAGGUUUUCACAAGGACACCAACCAUUUACCUGGAUUUCAGGAUGCAGGCAGGGGCCCUGCAUGUGCAGCCAGUCCCCUCAGGAUGGACAACAUUCAUCUACACAUUAUCAGGAUCCAUUUGUGUUGGCCCAGAUCAGGAGCAGCAGAGGGUGGAGCCCCACCACACAGUGGUGUUUGGAGAUGGAGACUGUGUCAAGGUUGAAAAUAAGGACUCUGAAGUUUCCCAUUUUGUGCUGAUCGCUGGAGACCCAAUCAACGAGCCUGUGGUACAACAUGGUCCAUUUGUAAUGACCACAGAGGAAGAGAUCAAACAGGCGAUCAGGGACUACAAGAGUGGGAGAAAUGGCUUUGAAAGGGCCAUAAACUGGAGAUCCAAGAUCAGAGAUUCUAUCUAAACACAAUGUGCUGCACUCUGUGAAAAUAAUUGCCUUGCUUGUUAUAGAAACAUAUUUUUCGAGAUACUUUGUUGUGAUAAUUCUUUAAAAAUGGCAAAAGUUUGACAUUGAAAACAUUAUUAUAUAUCAUGUAUUUAUUUUCAGAACAUUUAGUACUUGCCUACAGGACAUUAAGUAUUUUCCAGCAUGUCCAAGUGCUUCAUGUAGGAGUGAACGACAUGCCCCAUUGUUAGCACCAUAGUAGUUUACCCCCUCUCCCUUGUAAAAUAUAGAUUUUAGGGAAAAUGUGCGUCUUAACUGCUCUCCACGUCCCUUGUUAAAAUUAAGUUUUAUUGCAUUUUCCUUCUGCUGUUUGAAAUAAUAGUGAAGCAGAGCUGUUGUGAAAUUCUGAAAGUUUCUUGCACACAUUGUUAUGAAGAUAAUUUAACACACUGCACUUCAAGUAGCCUAAGUAUAAUGGUUUAACAAAUAUUUUGAUGUUUGAUGGCAUGUAUUUUUGUACCACAGAAUUUGCUGGAAACAAACAUUAACUUUUAUUUGCUGUAAAACAAAAGGAAUCAGCCUUCCAGUUGCUAGACACAUAAAAAUAUUGUUUUUUUUUUUAAA